AUGAGCAAAGACUUGGUGAGCGGGUCCAUCCUGCACUGCCUGGAAACGGCGAGUUUAGGAAUGCCGCUGGAAGUAUGGAAAACGAGGAUGUGUGUGUACAGGAAUGAAAAUACUAUUAGAUCAUUCUGCACAAUUUACAAUAAAGGGGUUGGACAAUUCUAUGCGGGCUUCUACGCGAAACUAAUAGAGAGCUCCUCCAAAGGCGCCGUCUUGUUAAUAUCUAAAGAACACAUGAUAAAAUUUUGCAACAAUCUUAAUAUAAACCAAACGACAAGUGGUUUUAUCGGUGGAGCUGUCGGAGGCAUUUCCCAAUCCUUAGUGAUGACUCCGUGUACCUUUUUUAUAACUGCCAGUAUUGAUAAAAAAAUUAAUUAUAGGGAAAAACUUGCGGAUAUUAUAAAGAACGGAGGAUUUACAACCCUCUAUAAGGGGAACUGUGCCAUGUGUUUGCGCCAAGGGACGAACUGGGCAAGUCGGCAGGGAUUAACUGAGUGGGUGCGCAAUUUAUUUAUCGAGCGGAAGAGGAAGGCGGAGAGAUUACGGCAAACAGAGGGGCAAGUAGGGUUGAAAAAUGAAGUUAUGCAUAAGGGCAAUAAUUUUCAUCAAUCCACCCCAACGAAGGAUACCCAUUCGAUAGGGAAACAGGGAGAUACUCCACAAGAUUUAUCCCCCACGGAAGAGCUCCUUUGUGGUGUCCUUGGAGGAGCUCUAUCUGUCUGGAACAACCCCUUCGAUGUGAUUCGAGUGUACAUGCAGAAUAACGCCAAUAAAAAUAUCAACUUAACCUUCCUUCAGUCAUUUGUUAAUCUUUACCGGGAAGGAGGCAUACUCUACCUGUACAAAGGCGUCAUCCCUCGAUGCUUCUUGUGCAUCUGGCAAACCUUAUUUAUGGUUACAGGGAUUAAAAUACUGAACAAGUACUACUAG